AUGAGACAAUCCCGAUUGAAUGAUGCAAACAUUGCGCUGAAUGCUAUCUUACGCCACGAAGGGAUCCGCUUUGGUGCGUUUGGGGGAUAUGCAAUUUCUGUCCUCGACGGCCCUCGCGAGAGCAAAGAUGUCGACGUCAUUGUGUUUUGUUCCAAGGAUCGCGUUAUUGCAGCUCUUAACGGCAGGUCUGGUUUUGUCUAUGUCAACCAGGCACGUCCAGACUAUGCUGCAUUUCUCUGGUCCGAGUCUUCAAAUCGUGCAAAUGCCGUCUUGGUCGAACUUUUCGUCACCGAAUUUCAAGGCGCCCAUUAUUCAAGUCACAACAUCGAGGUAUCCCAACGAAAUGUGACGGGAGAUGUAUUCUCUUCACGCCCGAUAUGCAUUUUGCCACCGUUCAACAUCUUCGAGGGAAAAUUGGCGGCGGCGGCGACGCGCCAUAAAUUCCAUGAUUCCGCAGAUUUGCGGUGGCUCGAAAGCCGGUUCAGGAACUCAAUAAGAUCACGGCGCAAUGAGAUAAACCUUGAACACGUCGGUCUUGCGUUGAAGAGAUGGCCAGAGCUUCAACAUUGCUUUGAGCGCAUAGGCAUUGAUACGAAAGCAGCAAAGGACAGAGUUUCGAAUGUUGAUAUACGCCACCUGCCGCCGCCUCGGCCUGGGGAUGUUCAGAGGAGUAUUCUUGGUUAA